GCAGGGCGCGGAACAGGGAGGGAGGACCGAGCAGGGAGAGACCGUACCGUCUGGGCUGAGAGAGAAAACCUCUCCAACACAACGCUGCUGGCUGCUAGCGAAAGGGCAGCAUGGCGGGGCUACGGGACGUCCAAAAAGGCAGCCACUGUCACAGGAAAACGUGGAUUAAUUUACUGCUAAGAGUACUGCAGCUACUUUUACCCUGCUUACAACACGGAGGGGCUCAGUUACAAGCUCUGAGACAAAUGUCCACCAGCGUGGUCGAGGUCUGGCAACCAGAAGAUGGAGAGCCAAUGGUCCCAGUUCAGGUGGAGGAAGAACGAAGAAAAGAUAGUCUUCCACUCAAAGAAAGCAGCUCGUCAUCAAAUGCAUGGGAGAAUGGGAGGCCCCUGCAUUUUCUUCCGCCAGCCAUGGAGUUUAGGACCCAGCCGCUGGGGCUUCCAAGAGCUGAAACCAUAUAUAUACACAACCCCAGCCAGGAAUUCCCUGUCACACUGCUGUCGGUGUUUACUUCCAGCAGGCAUUUUCACAUGCCUUCCUUCCACAAAAGGGUGAUCCCACCCAGGGGGAAGGCGUCUUUUAAACUCAUCUUCCUCCCGUUAGAGGAGGGCAACAUUGAAAACACAUUAUUUAUAAACACAUCAGCCCACGGGGUGCUGUCAUAUCAGAUACUUGGUGUGGGAGUCCACCGGGGUGCUUUAAAGUCUGUCCAAAGAAAGGACAGUCUACUAAUAUUUCCUCACAUCCAGAGCAUUAAGCUUACGCAAACUCAGGAAGACACUUCCAACAUCACCAUACUGGGGCUGCUCCUGGAGUGCAGCGUGUCCAAAAAUCUGUUAAACAAACCCCAGGGGUCGUGCCUGCAGAGCGACACCAGCCUCAGUCUGCACAUCAACCUUUCGGAGCGCGGGGACCGCCCGGGGGACCUGGACAAGCUCAAGCCUUACAUACUGGAGCACAUCCUGGUGCUGCUGAAGGCUCCGGCCCCGGGGCCCAGCUCGACCGGAGAGCCAAAAAUAGGAAUUUAUAUGUUAAACUCUGGUGGCAAGAAGCUCUACAUAAAGGACAUGCAGGUGCUAUCCAAGGUAGAGGCUGGUCUGGAAUUCAACCAGCUCCUUCUAAAACCAGAAGCAAAGAACUUCACGCAGGUGGCUACGGUGGAAUGCCGGGGCUCCUCACCAGGUCAGGGGAACAGAUGCUCUCGUCAUAUCAGUCUGCAGGUCUUGGCCAACCUCACAGCCCACACUUUCCCUGGACUGCAGAGCCUGCGCAGAGAGUCCAGGUGGGAUCUGUCAGGUCUGGUCCAGGUGAGGCAGAGCGGGAGAGCCACAGACCAGCUGGACCUGUGGUUGAGCAACCCCUUCCCCCUGCCCCUCACCAUCACCAACCCCAGGCUCGCAAGGAGCUCACGGGGCGUCCUCAAGGUGGUGAACUUCACCAGCCCGCUGACGGUACCGCAGGGCUGCUGGCGACUGCUGUCCCUGCAGCUGCUCCAUAAGGCUCUGCCUGUCCACCUGCUGUCCAGCCUGCGCCUGGACAGCAGUCUGGGCGCGCCCCUCCUCAUACCCCUCUACCUCCAGUCCGGUCUGGGCAAGCAGGGGGAAGUGGUUUUCGAAGCGGUUGGAGAGUGUGGGCGGCCGUGUCCAAUCAGAUUGUCCGAAGCAGGGCGGGCCCAGUGGCAGCGUUCCCUGCUGCCAGGUUCCCUGUCCUCCUGGACCGUGGACAGCAGACUGGCCACGGAGCUCUGCUCCCAGUGGCAGAGCAACAAGGAGCAGCUGCCGUGCAGGUGGCCACGCCUCCCGCUGGAGUCCUCCUCCACUCUGGACUUUGGUGCCACCCCAGUCAACGAGAGCAAGGUGAAGCUGCUCACACUGAAGAACCCCUCCCACUCAGUGGUGAGCGUGGAGAUCUCCUCCCUCUCCCAGUACCCCGCGCCACUGCACGCCCUGGACAUUCUCACCAGAUGGUUUAACAUUAGCCCGCUGUCCGUCAACAUCAGCACAACAGAGUUCACCCUGCUGUUGAAGCUCCCAAAGGAUGGAGAGAAGUUCAUAAGAGGACAGCGUGUCCUUCGUCUUCUGCUCCAGCCGUGGGAGACCAGAGAGGUGGCGGUGGUCUUCACGCCCUCGGAGCAUAAGCCCACCUCCACCAUCCUCGUCAUCAGGAACAACCUGACGGUGUUCGACAUGGUGACGGUGCGGGGACACGGGGCCAAGGAGCUGCUCCGGGUGGGUGGCAAGCUGCCCGGUCCGGGGGCUUCCCUGCGCUUCAACGUCCCCCAGUCCACCCUGAUGGAGUGUCGCGAUGGCGUGCGCACCAACAAGCCGCUCUUCGCCAUACGCAAGAGCUUCCGGGUGGAGAACGCCGGGGAGCUGCCCCUCACAGUCAUGUCCAUGAACAUCAACGGCUACCAGUGCCAGGGCUUUGGCUUCGAGGUGCUUCAGUGUCGCUCCUUCAGCCUGGACCACAACUCCUCCUCUGAGAUCACCAUUGCGUUCACGCCCGACUUCACCUCCUCUUGGGUGAUCCGAGACCUGACCCUGGUGACGUCGCGGGGCUCCUCCUUCCCCUUCACCCUGAACGUCACGCUGCCCCACCACAUGCUGCCCCUCUGUGCCCAGGUGGUGCCGGGCCCCAGCUGGGAGGAGACCUUCUGGAUGAUCACGCUGGUCUUCACCUGCUUCUCUCUGUUCGGCGUGUGCCUGAUGGCCUUCCACCAGGCCCAGUACAUCCUCAACGAGUUCUUCACCCCCACUAGCCGCAGCAACCACAACUCGGUGCUGUCGCGGCACAAAGCCCCCGUCAACAACAUCACGCCCAACGGAGUCAGGACGAAGGGCGGCUGCAAGAGCUACGUGGACGCCGGCCACACCUCCGACAAGGGGAAGGGGCGUGGGUCCGCCGUGCUGGCCAACGCCAACCCCCCCGCCCCGCCACGCCCGCAGCCCGCCAAGAAGGCCCCCUCCCCCCCCCAGCCGCCGAAGAAGCACCGGGUCUCCCCCGUCUACGCCAAGCCCAAGCCCAGCGGCGCCGCCCCCGCUCCCGCCGCCGCCACCGCCGACGAAGAGCAGCGGGACCUGAGCCCCGCCCCCCUGCUCACCCCUGAGCCCGAAGUCUGUAACCACAACAACAACAACGUCAUCGCCGUCGGCGACGAGGACGACGCCUCGUGUCGGAGCGCCCCGACGGAGGAACCCACGCACUUUAAGGAGGAGGAGCCCCCCCGCGCUGCCGAGGACAAGGGGCCGGCGGCCGUUACGUUUCCCAUGGAAACGCCCGGGGCCCGCCCCGCGCACCAGGCAGCGGUGGGCGCCGGGGCCCAGGCGCACUGCAGCCCUGCAGGACAGAGCGUCGCCAAGCAGCGCACAGACGGCACGUACUCGGAGAGGAGGGCGAGCGCGGAGCUGGAGCCCCUGCCCCGAGAAGAGUGCAGAGCCCCGAAGAAGAAGGUGGAGACGUGUGAGACGGGAGCUCCGUCGGUCAACAUUAAUAAUAAUAAGGGAAAGAAGAGUCGCAGGAAGGCCUCCGAAGGGAUAUCCGGUGUCCCCGAACACAGCGUGCUGGUGAUGUCGGAGCGGGAGAAGGACCCCGAGUGGAGGCCCGGGGAGCCGGCGGCCGGGGGGCCCCGCGCCCGGACCCGCUGCCCCGUCGCCCGCACGGAGGCCCCCAAGCCCUGCCUGAGCAACGAGACCCCCUUCAAACAGAACGGCGUGUGCCUGUUGUCCCGCCCCCGGAGGAAGACGGCGGCGGAGCGCCGCGGCCCGUGCGAGUCGGGCUCGGACUCGUGCAGCUCGUCGGGCAGCGUGCGGGCCAGCCGCGGCAGCUGGGGCAGCUGGAGCAGCACCAGCAGCGUGGAGGGCGAGAAGGACCCCGGUGCCCGCGCCCACCUCCCCGCGCCCCCCGCCAGGAAGAGGGACUCGAUGCAGUGCAACAAUUAUCCAGCAGAGAGAGACUGCUACCAGAACGUGAACACCGCCUACAAGGCUCAGAGUAUGAACAGCUUGUGUUGUAAAGACCAGUGCCAAAACGCCCAGGCUCCGUGCACCUCGGGCCUCGGCCCUAGCUUUGCAUCUGUGACCGCCGGGGUGGAGAGGAACAUGGACCUGACGGGGCAGUACGUCCCAGAGGAGACGUGGUCAGCCCCCUCCGUUCCCCUCACCAACGACUUCCGGUACAACGCCAGCGACGCCCUGCCCUCUGUCCCGCAGCCCCCCGCGCCCGGCCCCUACCAGGGGUUUCCCUGGAACAGUGCAAACAGCCAGUGCAGCAACGGUCCCUACGGCUACUGUGAGCAGGACAGCUACAUGAUGGGCAACGGGCAGAACUUCCCCUCCAACGGGUUCCCGUGUCAGGAGAGCCAGGGAGGCUACAGCCAGCAGCCCAGCUGGAGCGAGGACUGUCCCCAGGAGACCCCCUCCGUCUGGGACACCGCAGCCUGCGUCGGCAGCAAGCCAUACUUCCACGGUACCCGCAGCCUGUCGCCCAUGUCCAGCCUGUUCGGCUCCAUCUGGACCCCGCAGAGCGACCCCUACCAGAGCCAGUUCCAGGCGGACCGCUCGGCCCCCAUGUCCCCGGUGUCUCCGGUGGCCCCGGUCCACGUGGCCCCCUUCAGCCGGGAGCCCGGCGGCUCCUGUCGGCUCCUGCAGUACUCCAGCUUCCACCCCUUCGGCCCGCACAUGAACCUGGACAUCUGGAACUCCUCGUCCAACCGCAGCUCCAACUCACAGCUGUCCAAUGACUCUGGGUACUGCGGCGACGUGUAGACGGAGCCGCAGUACCGAUGAUCGCAAAAAAAAAGGCAGAACACGACGCUAUACAUAUAUAAAAGAGAGGAAAACGGGAAUGAAUGUGCGCUUUUAUCAGUAACUUGGGGGCGGGGAAUGUUAAUAUUCCUUUUCUUUUAUGUUUCCUUGUUUUCCCGAAUGUUCGAUGUUGUCAAAGGUUAAGCAUUUGUUUGUAUAUUUUUCUAGAUGUUUUGCAGUUUGAUCAAGGAAAAUAAAAAAAAAAAGGUUUUGUACUUGGGA